AUGGGCACUGGCGCAUCGAAAAAUCCCGAUAGCAGCUCCCAUGGCAGUGAAGAGAGGGACCAAGCCGGCGGUCAACUCUAUGUCUCUCUCAGAAUGGAAAAUUAUAAGCUCAAUGGCGAUAUCAUACCCCAUGUUUACGGCUCCGUACCACUAGUCGGCUCCUGGGACUCCUCAAAAGCCCUUUCGAUGGAACGUGAAUACACCUUUAUGUGGGUAUUAAGUUUCGUUGUCCCUCCUAACCACGAGACUUUGGAUUUUAAGUUUCUGUUGAAGCCGAAAUAUAGUAGCUCUCCUUGUAUAGUUGAGGAGGGUCCAAACAGGCAGUUGACAGCCGGUACAUUACAUGGGGAUGGGUGGUCGGCUAUGUUUAAAUUGAGCAGUGAUGAGGUUUUUGAGUACAGAGUAUUGAUUAAUGUGGAUAGAGUUUCGCCAUUUGAUCUUGCGGCAAGUUGGAGAGCAUAUCAAGAGAAUCUCCAGCCUUCAACUGUUCGUGGAAUCCCAGAUAUAAGUAUAAAUUCAGCUGCUGAAGCUGGUCCUGAGAAUGGAACUUCAGCAAGUUUGGAGCUUGAUAUUGAGCACUACGUUGUCCCAGCUCCAGCAACUGCUGCACACUCAGCUCUGGCGUAUGCAGCGAACAUGACAGAAACACCUAGGACGCUGAGUCGUUUUGGGGGGAUGGAAGUCAUUGUCCCAGAACUGACCACAUCAUCUUCAGCAUCUGGCAUGGUUGAGUCGAACUCAGUGGGUGCUUUUUCAUCUAUGCUGAAACAAGAAGGUCACAGAGGACUCUUUGUGGAUAGGGGGGUAGGAUCUCCUAGGCUAGUAAAAUCGGCAAGUGCUGCAUCAUUUACGGCUGAUCUCAAACUUUACUCAGAAGCCAAGAACUCUAUGCCAGCCGCUGCAGGAGCCGUUGCAGCUGCAGCUGUAGCAGAUCAGAUGCUUGGGCCAAAGGAGGAUAGACAUCUGGCAAUCGUGCUGGUUGGGUUGCCUGCUCGUGGUAAAACUUUUACUGCAGCUAAACUUACUAGAUAUCUACGUUGGUUAGGGCAUGAGACCAAACACUUCAAUGUUGGGAAGUAUCGACGACUAAAGCAUGGAGUUAAUCAGACUGCAGAUUUUUUCAGAAGUGAUAAUCCAGAAGGCUUGGAAGCACGCAAUGAGGUAGCAGCUCUUGCAAUGGAAGAUAUGAUAUCUUGGAUGCAAGAGGGUGGGCAGGUAGGAAUAUUUGAUGCCACAAACAGUACAAGGAAUAGGAGGAGUAUGCUUAUGAAAAUGGCUGAAGGAAAAUGCAAGAUUAUCUUUUUGGAGACCAUAUGCAAUGAUCGCCAAAUAAUUGAAAGAAAUAUACGCCUCAAAGUUCAACAGAGCCCUGACUAUGCAGAAGUGCCGGAUUUUGAAGCUGGAUAUCAUGACUUCAAACAUCGACUUGAGAACUAUGAAAAAGUUUAUGAACCCGUCGAAGAAGGCUCUUAUAUCAAAAUGAUUGAUAUGGUCAGUGGCCAUGGUGGACAAAUACAAGUGGACAACAUCAGUGGCUAUCUUCCUGGUCGAAUAGUAUUUUUCUUGGUGAAUACACAUCUGACGCCAAGACCAAUUUUGCUUACUAGGCAUGGAGAGAGCCGGGAUAAUGUUAGAGGCAGAAUUGGUGGUGACAGUGUGUUGAGUGAUACUGGAGAGCUUUAUGCAAAGAAACUUGCUAAUUUUGUUGAAAAGCGUCUGAAAAAUGAAAGGGCUGCUUCUAUAUGGACCAGUACGUUGCAGAGAACAAUUAUAACUGCUAGUCCAAUAGUUGGAUUCCCGAAGAUACAAUGGCGUGCACUUGAAGAGAUUAAUGCUGGUGUAUGUGAUGGGAUGACUUAUGAAGAAAUAAAGAAAAAUAUGCCCGAGGAAUAUGAGUCACGGAAAAAGGAAAAAUUGAGAUAUAGAUAUCCUCGUGGGGAAUCUUAUCUAGAUGUUAUACAGAGGUUAGAACCUGUGAUUAUUGAACUUGAGCGACAAAGAGCUCCUGUUGUGGUGGUGUCUCACCAGGCGGUACUGAGAGCUUUGUAUGCAUAUUUUGCUGAUAGGCCAUUGAAAGAAAUUCCCCACAUAGAGAUUCCGCUUCAUACAAUUAUAGAGAUACAAAUGGGAGUCAGUGGUGUCCAGGAGAAAAGAUAUAAGCUCAUGGAUUAA